AUGCGGGUCUUUCUUCCCAGCUCCCUCCCUCGGAGCGCUCCCUCCUCCGCCGCUUUCUCGGCUUUUUCCACACCCCCCACCCCCACCCCGCUGCGUACCCUCCAGCCCCUGGCGCUCGCCUCUGGUUCCUCGCCGCAGAGUUCAGCCCCAGCAGCGGCAGAAGCCGUCGCCCCCACCAGAGAGCUCCGCGCCGGCUGCUCGCCUGCUUGCUGCCGCUGCCACGAGCGCCCGCCUCUCCCCAGCCAUGCCAGGCCCGGCCGCCGACGAGGGGAAGGUCCCCUUCCGCACCGCCAAGGAGGAAAUCCGUGUGGGCUUCGGGGUCGAGGGCUCGGAGGGCGGAGGCGGCGGCCGGGAGAAGCCCGGCGCGCGCGGGCGGCGGCAGGACAUCGCCUGGAGGAACGUCUUCCUGAUGAGCCUGCUCCACUUGGGGGCCGUGUACUCCCUGGCGCUCAUCCCCAAAGCCCAGCCGCUCACUCUGCUCUGGGCAUUCCAGUGCUGGGAACGGAUGUGACCAUGAACCCCGGUGCCUCCUUGUCUACUUUCACGGCAGUGCCCUUCCCUCCACCCAUUCCUGGCGCCCAGCACCGGCCACCCUGGCAGCAGCACCUGCCACGGCCCAUCACCCCAGCAUUCCCUCCUGGCAGCAGCCUGCUGCUGCCAGCUUUCCCCAGGACGCCUAUGGUGGCUAAUGGUGGCCGUGGCCCCAGUGCCCCUGGGGCUUGCAACCUCAGUGUCCAAGUCAGGUCACAAGGGAGGACAGUGGAGGCCCCCCAGACUCAGACCUUUGUCGUUACUCAGGCCCCCCUCAACUGGAGCGCUCCAGGGGCCCUCAGCAGGAGUGCUGCAUGUCCUGCACCCGUAUUCAUAGCAACCCCUGUGAUGGGGACCGUUGUGACUGCUUCAGCUGUUGGAGUUAGUCAGGCUGGCAAGGGAGGCUGGACCCCAGGCUUUCCUCCUCAAGCUCCACCACCAGCUGCCCAGCCGGCCCCUAUCAUUCGCCCCGUGAACUCUGGGCCAUGGCCACAUGGCACUUCCAGGGAGGGCCGCCUGGCCACCAACCAGUCCAACGCCUCGCAGGAUGGCUCCUCUAACACCAAGAGCGAGUACAGUAACUUCCUACGUUGGCAGCACGUCAAGCCCCUGGCCCGGAGACACUUUUGCCUGAGUCCUGAUGCAGAAGCUUUUUCCUGCUUUCUCAUCCCAGUGCUUCGAUCCCUGGCCCACCUGAAUCCCACCAUGCCGCUGGAGGAGGGACUGCGGAGGGCCGUGCAGGAAUGGCGGCGCAGGAGCAACCUUGACCGGAUGAUCUACUACGAGACGGCGCAAAAGUUCAUGGAAUUUGCGGCCGAGGAGGAGAUGCACAUUCAGAAUUUGCAGUGGAUGCAGGACCUGCCUCCUCCAGCCCCACCGAAGCUGGAUCCUCGGGGGCCCCCAGCCCCGAAAGUGGGCCUUCAGCCAGGCACCCAGGUUCCCCCACACAGAUCCCAGGGGAACCCGGAGCCCAAAGCGCCCAAGGAGAUUCCCCCUGAGGCUGUGAGGGAGGAUGUGGACAGGAUGGAGGCGCUGGUGGGGCCCGUCCACUCAGCCCCAGGCAAGUCACAUGAAGAAUGUGGAAAGGACGGAAAUGAGCUGAAGCAGGAAGACGACGACACCUACUUGGACCCGUGUCUCUUGAGCUACACUGACGAGCUGCGUUCCCGGGAACACUCUGUCACCAAGGUGGAGGCAGUCAUUCAUCCUCGAGUCCCGGCAGAAUUGUCUUCCCCAGACCCACAGCUGGAUCUCUCGGCCCUUGCUGAGGAGCUGAAGCAGGAGGAAGCACUCACCCCUGAAGAACUGGUGCAGAAACGAGUCCUGGCCUUGAAAGAGGACGAGGGUGGGCCGGCAGCCCCGAGCCACAGUGCACCCGGAAUGGGCUCAAGUCCAUCUGAGUCCCACGCCGGCCAAGCUGCCCAGAGGCACGACCAAGACCGCCAUCGAGGGGUCAGUGAUGAAGCCUGCCCACCAGAGAUUGAUUUUGAGGCUCUUCAUAGGCCCAACCGAGCAGACACUGGCCCGUUCGGGCCCAAAGUCUUUGUUCCCUCUCGAGGACGUCAGGAGGUCUCUCCAUCCCGGGCCGGGCGGCCCUCCUCUCCCCAGGGUCAAAGGCGCACUGGCCCUCGACUGGGACGCAGGGAUGCGUCUCUUCUCAGAGAGGCGUCUCCUGUUCGGGGGGCCCAAGGGCCCAGGGAUGCGGCCAGUGAGGACGAGGAGGCGUUCCCCAGCCUGGCCUCCCUCUUGGCCUCUCUGCCCAGCCUGCCGCCUUGCCGGCUGUCCCAGAGUCCUGCCCCUGCUUCAGGCCUGGCCUCCCCUGGAGGUUGGGGGGCCCAGAGUGCUCCCCAGGCCCCCUCCCCUCAGAGAAGGGGCCUCAGCCCAGCUCCACCAGCCGCUCCCAAGUCGAGGAAGCGGGCUCUGGGUGGGCGCCCAGCCGCUGCUGAGAAGCUGCCCAUCCCCGGGGCUGCCCACGGGGUCUCUGCGAGGCCAGCCUUGGCUCUGGGGCUGGCUCGCCCCUCACAGCCGGGAAAGAGAAAGCGUGACCCGUUUGUCAUAGGGAAGAGGAGGAACAGGAAGAGGAAGCGCUGCAGCCAGUAGGGAACAGCCGGGCCGGCCCUCCAGGG